AUGGCUGCUGAGAACGAGUCGCUCACACGGGAGCCUGCCACCCGUGGCCGCGGCCGAGGUGGGCGCGGUGGCCGUGCUGGCCGAGGUCGAGGCGGCGGUAGAGGCGCUUCCACGACGAAUGCGGGCGUAACCAAAUCAACAUAUACCAAGACUGGCCGCGGUGGCACGCGGAGAGGUCGAGCCAAGAGCUUCGCAGAUUCCCGCGUCCAGGCCGCCUACGAGCGCCAGAGAGAUCUCAAGGCUACCUAUCAGGCCGUGGCGCAUGCUCUCAAGCCCGCCCUGCAGGAGCUUUGCGACCGCACCAUCGAGGAGAUCCUGCAAAGGUCGGACUCACAUCGAUUCACCAGCGAACACCUGCCCGUCUUGCAAGAGCUUCAGGAACGCCUCGAAGAGAAGCUCCGACUCUUUGACCGCCAGCUGGAAGCCAAUCUUCAGCUCGCUGAAGGCACUUACGAUGCCGAGCAGUAUGUCCUCGAACAGGAAUUCAAGAAUGGUCUUGAGGACAUUCUAGAACAGUUUUACGACGGUCAAGGCAACCGUCUCCGCAUUCUUUCUGCGUUGGAAUCAAGAGAUCUCCCUGUCGAUCCUCCGCCCGAGGGUCAUGAGUGCAGCUUCAUCCAGGCGCCUUUUACUGACGCGAUACCACCACAGAUCAGCGAUGACCAGUAUGAGUACAAAGUAAUUACUGAUCAUCAGCUCGACAAUGACUUUGGCAUCUAUGAAUGCUACAAGGAUGGCCACUUGGUGCCUUAUCCCUCUCGCGUCGAGGGCACCGAGAUGUGGCACAAAGUGCGCGAUGCUGAGGCUGCCGCCGCUGCCGUGCCUACCACCACAACCUCUUCUACCACUCGAGGAGGAAGAGGUGGCCGAGGCCGAGGCAGCAACAAGCGCCGUGCUCAAGACCAGCCGGAUGGCCAGCCCACACCCAAGAAAACGACUCGCAGCAACUUUGAUAGCCAGCUUCUGCCUGCCGCCCCAAUUGCUCCCGCCAAGGGCCUCCUGGCAACUGAAAUUGAAGCUCACAUCGAAGGCGCUCCAGCGGAAGAGGACUCCGCUCCUGCCUCUCCCGAACCCGUCGUCAUUCCCAACGGUGCCACCACUUCUGCUGUCGUCAAGUCCAACGGCAAGCAGUCAGCUCGCGAAAAGAGCCCACCCCUGCCCAAGAACAUCUCGGAGCCUGACGAGUACGGCUGCCGCAUGUACAAUCAGAGACCGUCCAUGAAAGAGAAGGGCAUUAACAGCCGCCUUCUCGCUCCGCGGCUCUUCUGGUUUGAUGACCAUGAUAUUGGCUUCCGCGACAGCUCCAACGACUCUUCCAAGGGCCACACUCGCGCCAAGCGAGGUAAAUACCUCGACACUCCCAACAGCAAUGGCAUGCACUUUGACUACUGGUGCAACGGCUAUGACUACUCCAACACGCGUCCAUCUGAUUUCGACCAGGAGCUCGUCAAGAAGCAUGGCCUCCACCCCAAAUAUGGCAUCUUCUUGCCCAACAGCACAAACGAGCCGGAGCCUACCAUGCCGUUUGUCAUGCCCGGAAAGCCCGUGGUGUAUAUCGCCGAACCUUCUGGUCGCAUCUCUCACGCUUCACGUUCAUUCCAGAGGACGAUUAACUAUCGUCGUGUGGUUGAUGAGCCUGUAAGAGUCAAGAUGAAUGCAGCUAUGCGGCGCUUCUGCAAGAUGGGCGACAUUCCCUUGGAAGAUAUUGCCGUCACAGAGUACGUGUACACCGAUGAAGAACUUCGCGGCCGAUCUCUAGGCACGGCAGCCUUGGAGCUCGAGUCCAAGCCCGAGGUCGUGGAGACUUCGCCUGAGACUGAUGAGCAGGUCGUUACCGAGGAGGAAUCUGCCGAGUCGUCUCAGGGUGGCCUUGCUGCCAUGUCCGUUCUUACCUACGCGACUGCAUUUGUUGAGGCGGAAGAGAACACGCGAGUUGUGGUGCCUGCACCAAAGCCUGCAAGAUAUGAUGCCAUUAGAGAUGUCUUCACGGAUUCCAAACCUGCUGGGGCGCCUGCUGUUGAGACGAACAACAACCUCAACCUCAAUUUCCUUGCUGAGCUGUGCAACGUCGAAACUCGUCUGCAGGAACCCGAGGGCCACACCAUCAAGGCCCCGACUCCUCUCAUGCCCAUGCCCAUGCCCAUGCCCGAGCUGGAAUCCGAUAUGAGAACCCAACGCGAAGAUUUGCCACCCGUUGCUCCUUUGAGCCAUGCUCCCAUGAGCGGCCAGCAUGCCCCUAUUGAGCCUGUUGGAGGAUACAUCCGAAAUCCUCAGCCGCAACGAGAGCUCCCGCCGGUGCAGCCAGUCGGCCCCGGUCAUGUCGCCGUCUCUCACCCUCCUCACCAUGCUAUACCAGAGCCCAUUGCCUACCAGCAACCUCCGCCCGAGCAGUCCAUGGUUCAUGCACCGCCGCCAAGGGCUAUGGAGUAUCAGCAGCAUCCUGCGCCUCCCCUUCCUCCACAGGCUCCUCCUGUCCAGGAACAGCACCAACCCUACUACACUUCCUAUGGGUAUAACGUGCCGGAACCUCGGGACAUGCACAUGGGCUCUGGACGGCCGAUCGAGCCAGUCUACGCAAGUAGCCGUAUGGCAAACUAUGGCCCCGAAGGCCCCGGUCCGGCGCCGGCUCCUGCACAAGCUGCUCCUGUGCCUCCUCCGGGUCCCAACACGGGAUACCCUCGUACUUACUGGUCGUCCCAGCAGCCUGCUACUCAGGCGCCGCCGCCACCACCUCCUCAACAGCCGCUACCGCCACAGCAACAGCAGCAUUAUUCACAGGCUCCUCCUCCAAGGAUGCCCUUCUCUCAUAACCCAAACCCCGAAACACUCCCACCUCAACCCCUUCCGCCCCUCCGACCUCCUCGGGGCCGGGCUCAGCCUGUCCAGGAUGACAUGAUGCGAGACCCUAUGAUGAGGCCGGCUGUUCAUACCAUGAACAACUACUAUAAUCCUGCUCCGGCUCGAUCCUACCACCAUGGAUACCCUGCUGCCGAACCCCUUGCUCCUAUGCCGUCGAUCGGACCGGAAAGAAUCCUGCCCAACCCUCAGCAACAGCAAUCCUACAUGGGACCGUCUGGUCCUGGCUACGCGCCUCAAAUUCUGUCUCCAACUUUUGGAAACCCGCAGCCCAUGUCUGGCCCUAUGGCCCAGAGCCCUCCCGGGACGCCACAAGGGCUCCACGGCUCGAUGCAUCGUCAUCGAUCCACACCUUCCGGGUCUUCUGAUGCGGGAUCUGGAAAAUAUCGCAAACUACAACCCGCCCCAGUCCCCGCUCACCGAGCAUGGUCAAACAAGCCCGAGCUGAAGACAAUUCCCUAUGACCACAAGGAAACGGGCUCAUUGGCCGCCCUUCCGAGCUCUGGCCCAACGCAAAUCAGAGGAUGGAAUAAACGGGAAACACCUGGUCAACCAGUGGCUCCAGGGGAUUCUAACAACUAUGAGGCUGUGGCUCCUCACCCCAACUGGUCUGUUCGAUUUGCCGAGCCAAUCACUCAACUGCCACCUCUAUUCCCACGCAAUGCCCCUCCUAUUCCACGACGGACAAUGACUCUUGAAAUGGAUCUCGACCAGCCCUUUACACUGCCUGAUGAAGGUGCUGGCAAUCCUACCGAGCCGGCCAUUCCUCCUCCAAGUACAGCCUCUACUGAAGCCUUAGCUUCUCAGGAUGACACGACCUCGUCACGUCGUCUUCGCCCAAGAAAGGCUAAAGCACCCGCAACCCCCAACGUCGCCGCCUCUACUCAAUCAAGUGCGCCCGGUCGUUCUCGUGCUAAGAGCACAACAUCUAAAAAACCAAGCCGAGCAGCAUCAAAGAAGAAGGCUGCUCGAAGGGAGACUGCCCUGGCCACCACCCAAGCCGAACAGCAACUUAUUACCGAAACUCCAGCCACCGCUCUUGACUCUACGUCUCAGUCAGAGGCUGUAAGCAAAUAA